AUGUUCACGUCCGCCCUCGUGUUCACUCUCUGGGAAAGUGGGAGCCAAUUGCUGCGUCCGGCCAAUCACUGCCCAGCGCGCUCCGCAACUGCCCAACGUUCGUUCAUUUCGUGGCCAGUGGCGAAAGUGAUUAGUGAACGAUGUGUAGGUUACGGAGAAGUUUUUGGUGAUUCUUCUCGAAGUUCAGUGAAGGGAAAGGUCUAGCCACCUACUAUAAAACUGAUGCAGAAAUUUUAACAGGAAAUACGGUGAAUAGUUCACAGGUAGCAGGUUGCAAUCGCAGUGAAAAGGUACCAUAGAACCUUUGGCCGAAGAGGAGCAAGUGCUUUGACCUCACAUCGGUUGAGCCUGGAAACGACAUACUACAUUUGACGUGCAAGUUCCAAAAUUUAUUGGAAAAGUUGGACCCACUAGUAGAUGCCCGCAAUGAACUGGAGCGAGUGCCCGCGAACGCGGAAACGUAUCAAGUACUAGGAAACGUUUUCUUCCCCGUUCCCCCUGCACAAUUAAAGAAAGAAAUGGAUGAAGAGAUAGCAAUGUUACAAGAAGAUACGAAAAAAAUUUUCGAGUCCAUCGCUACAUUAAAUAUCAUUAAAGAGCCAAUUCAGAAAAAACUGGAUGAAUUAAUAGUUAGUUUACAGUUUCUGGCAACAGAAAAAUAACUUGGUCUUCUAGUUAAGGAAAACACAUUUAAAGCUUUUCAACAGUUACAAGUUUAUAAAGACAUUUUUUAACAUAUUAUUACAGAAGUGUCAUUUAUAUCACAAAGAAUAAUUAUAAAAUAUACUUUAACUAAUAUUUCCGUUACAAAUAGUUUUCACUGCUUCUCUUUAGUAGAUCUUAUAUGUAAACAGUGAUAAAAUGUAUUUUAACUCUGUUAAGUUGAUAUUGUUCACGUUAAACAGUGCCUAAUUAAGCAUGAUUACAUAUCUAAAAUAAUUAAUGUGCGAAAUAGUAUUAUUCUGCUUACAAAAUGUGAUUUUGUUGUUGAUGUGUUUUUAGAAAAAUAAAAUAUGUUUUCCUAAAA